AAUGUAAAAUAGAUUGAAUAAAGAAUUACAAGAUUUAACUUAAACAAGUCCAAUUUAAGGAGUUUAGAUCACUGCAGAUGCUAAUAAUAGAUUAUUGUAUAUAAGAUUAUAUCAUUUAAAGAUGGACAGCCAUAGUUGCAGGACCAGAAGGUACAGCUUAUUAAGGAGGCAAGUUUAAAUUGACAAUUACAUUCCCAGAGAACUAUCCUUUCAAAGCACCUUAAUUUUUAUUUACAACAAAAAUUUUCCAUCCAAAUAUUACAGAAAAGGGUGAAUUUUGUGAAGAUAUGAUUGAGACUAAAGUAAAUGAUAAAGGUUUAUUAUAGGAAUAAUGGUAGCCCACUAAAACUGUAAAAUAGGUCUUAGAGAAAAUCUUAAACAUUAUGGGAUAAGUUAAUACAGAAUAAGGAUUAAACCAAAAAGCAUUAGAAUUAUAUAAAAGUGAUAAAGGAAAGUAUGAAGAAACAGUCAGAUCAGAAACCUAAAAAUACGCUUAAUGAUU